AUGGGCAACAAUCGUCAACGCGGAAUCGGAAUGCAGAAGGGUCUAGCACGUACUAUUAUAACUGGCACAGUAUUGGCCGUCUCUACGGGAGUGGCCUGCUAUUAUCUUUAUAAGAAUUUUAACGCAACAAAUGCAACAAAUGCAACAAAUGCAGCAAAUGCAGCAAAUGCAGCAAAGGAACUAAAGGAUGAUAAAAAAGGCAUUAAGCUUGAAUCUAGCGUUAAGGAAACCAAGAAGAAACAGCCAUCUAAAUGUGUCAUUAUCUCCAACAAAAUUAGUAAUGUAGAGGGAAUGGAUUGGUCUGAGUUACUGGAUGAGGAUAUCACACUCAUCGUGGCACCUGGAGUUACCUUUUUGGACCAACCUAAAGAGGAAGAAUCUAUAGGUAGGGAACAUCAAUUUAAGGUCAUUCGUUGUGACACUUUGAUAGGGAUGUGGGCCUGCGUCAAAAGUUUGAGAAAGGACCAACUAAUCGUAUGUCCUGGUGACAUCGAAGAUGGAAUUCCAGAAGGAAUCGACCAAUUUGUGAAGAAGAUUAUUAAAGUUGAAGAUGGGACUCAACUCAAGAGAGCAGUCACUAACUGA